AUGAACCAGAAUACACGAAGACCCUCGGGGGACCUGAGCGAAAACAACCUGACGCAUUUCGAGGACUACACCUUCAGCCGGUUCAAGCAUCUCGAGGAAUUACAUCUGGGAGGCAAUAAUAUUGAGAAGAUCGGGAAGAGUGCUUUCUUCAACCUCACUCUUCGGACCUUGUCACUGCGACACAACAACUGGACGGAAGUGCCUUGGGAAGCCCUGAAGAGCAUGCAAGCCCUCGAGAAUCUGCAUUUGGAUCAGAAUGAGCUUCGAAGCCUACCAGACGAUGCAUUCGACGAGAAAGCCUUCCGCGGACUCAAACAUCUUUGGCUUGCCAACAACGUCUUCUCUUCUGUCCCCCGUGCAAUUCGCAAACUCACUAAUUUGCACACCCUGAAUUUGGGUGGGAACCUCAUCACCUCCAUCCACGCGGAUGACUUCGCUAACAUGACGUCCCUCAUCGUCUUGGAGCUGAAUAACAACUACCUGGAGGAAGUUCCGGAGGCUAUCCAUCAACUAGAGGACCUGGAGGAACUGACCCUGGCUGGUAAUCGAAUCAGCUCCCUGGAGGCAUUUGCUUUCAAGGGGAAUCCAUCAUUGACCUUCGUGGAAGUGAAGGGGAAUCCCAUCGUGUCGCUUCACCAGCAGGCCUUCUCUCAAAUGCCAAAACUCAAACGCCUGAUUCUGUCGGACCUGCCGGGGCUGACGUCCUUCCCGGAUUUGAAUGGGACGAGUUCAUUGGAAGUGCUGAAGAUUGACCGGACGAAACUUACUUCCAUUCCCGUGCAUCUCUGUCGAUUGACUCCCAAAAUCAUCUCACUGGACCUGAAGUUGAACGAGUUUGAGGAAGUUCCAAGCCUGGAUGAAUGUCUCCGCCUCCGCCUCCUGGACCUGACGAGCAAUCAAGUGAGGAACAUCAGCGGUGCCAAAUUCUCCAACUUGAGCGAGUUGCACGAUCUCCAUAUAGCUUUCAACCACAUCUCCGAGAUCCCGGCCGACGCCUUCCUCGGACUCGACAAUCUCCAGAUCCUGGACUUGAACAACAACGGGAUCCGGACGAUCCACCCCGACUCCUUCCUGCCUCUCGUCAAGCUGGAAGACAUAAACCUGGGAAACAACCGCUUCCCGGUGCUGCCGGAGAAAGGGUUGGAGAACGUGCGACAGUUGAAGGUGCACAACAACGCGGAGUUGCGAGAAUUUCCCAGCGUGGAUCACUUCCCCAACGUCCAUUCCUUGGUCCUCUCCUACGCCUAUCAUUGCUGCGAGUUCCUGUCCACGGAUGGGUCGGGAAUGGAGAACGGGGAUCAAGUGUCCGAGACCUGGUGGCAUCCCGAGGACGGCCAAUUGGAUCCUUCUCUCUGGUCUCUCAACGAGACUGACAUAUGGCCGAAUUAUCAGAACUUGACGUCGAAGUUUGGCAACUUAGCCGAGGAAUUGUGGGGAAACUUCGGCGGGGGAGAGAUCACUUACCCGUCGAACCUGCCGACGUACGCAGAGGAUUACUUCGGGGACGGGGAGAAACCUACGCUGCCCGGAGCGAUCCUGACAAAGCCUCGGCCGCCCAUCAAGUGCAUUCCGAGGCCAGGACCCUUCUUGCCCUGCCGGGACCUGUUCGAUUGGUGGACCCUCCGCUGUGGGGUGUGGCUGGUGUUCCUCAUGGCCCUGCUCGGGAAUGGCACCGUCGUCGCCGUCCUCAUCGUCGCACGCAGCAAGAUGGAUGUUCCGAGGUUCCUCGUCUGUAACCUUGCCGCUGCCGACUUCUUCAUGGGCCUCUACCUCGGUUUCCUGGCCGUGGUGGAUGCGAUGACGCUGGGUGAGUUCAGGGAAUACGCGAUUCCGUGGCAGAUGUCUCCGGCGUGUCAGGUGGCCGGGUUCAUGGGGGUGCUCAGCUCCGAGCUCUCCGUCUAUACCCUCGCCGUCAUCACCAUGGAGAGGAAUUACGCUAUCACCCACGCCAUGCAUCUCAACAAGAGGCUGUCGCUGAAGCAGGCAGCGUACAUCAUGGUGAUCGGGUGGACCUUCGCCGUGAUCAUGGCCGUUCUCCCUCUGACGGGGGUCUCCGAUUACCGCAAAUUCGCCGUCUGUCUCCCGUUCGAGACCUCCGAUCGGCUCAGCCUGGGAUACGUAGUAUUUCUACUCCUCAUCAAUGGUGUCGCCUUCACCGUCCUCAUGGGCUGCUAUCUCAAGAUGUACUGUGCCAUUCGGGGGAGCCAGGCAUGGAAUUCCAACGACUCCCGAAUCGCGAAACGCAUGGCCCUUCUCGUCUUCACCGAUUUUAUUUGCUGGGCGCCCAUCGCCUUCUUCUCUCUCACGGCCGCUUUCGGGCUUCAUCUCGUCUCGUUGGAAGGGGCCAAGGUCUUCACCGUCUUCUUUCUCCCCCUCAACUCCUGCUGCAAUCCCUUCCUCUAUGCCAUCCUGACCAAGCAGUUCAAGAAGGACUGCGUCUUGAUCUGCAAGGCCAUCGAGGAGAGUCGGGUAACCCGGGGAAUCGGGAGAUGCAGACAUAGCUCCAAUUUCAGCAAUCGGCACACUCCCGCCAACACGGGAAGUCUUGGGGAUAGGAACUCAGGGCAGUCUGGCCCGGCUUCCAAGGAUGGACAACCUCACCCUCACCCUCCAUCCUGCAGUUGUCAACAGGGCAAGAAGGGUCCAAAACGACCCGCAAUCGGGAGACAUUGCCCCAGCUGGUCUCGACUUCGUAUCCUUCUUUGUCACGAGGGAGAGCAGUUGGUCUCCACGACGGAUUCCAAUUACACCUAUCAGAUCGCAGAGAUCCAGCAGAAGACGCAGAAGCACUUGCGAAACACGUCCGUGUCUUCAGAUAACUUCAGUUCCUCUCGUUCGGAUUCUACGAGACAAGGAAGAGGAGGGGGGAACUGUGCAGCAAUUCCUCUCCGACUCCUGGGACGCCGAAGGAAUUCAUGGAAUCACGGUCAUGGUCAAGCCCGACGAGGUUCCCAGGAUUCUAACCUGUCAAGUUCCAGGAAUGAUUCUUCGGCUGCUAGCAACAGCACGGCGACGUGGAGAAUUUCUCGUUCCUCCGUCUCAAGUGAUACGAGUCGAGAGAGAGACGGGAAUAAUCACACAGCUGCCACAUUCCAGAAUCCGAGGCUCUCCAGCCUCAGACAAUUGGGAACCAGUCAAGAGCGGGAGGGAUCAAAAGUAGUCCCUCUGGGAAGCCCAGGAAUCUUGAAACAGGGAUCUCUGGAACGUAACAAGCCUCGACUCAAGAGACAGGUAGCAAUCCAGGAAGAGAAUUAUAAUCCCUCGCUGAAGUCCGUCUCCUUCGAUUCACACCACCACCACCACCACCCUCACCUGUACCACCACAUACGCCACCCGCACCCUCACCCUCAUUUUGAGGAUCUCAUCGAGUCGAGCCAGGAAAGCCUGGCCGAAGAGGACGAGGUCACCACCGUCCCCAUCGUACCCAGGAAACUGAGCACGAUUUCCUCCGUGUCCCAGAAAAGUCAGACCCCGACGGAAAAGCCUUCCUCGGUGGACGAUGCGGAGAAACCAUCAGCCAAAGAAGCACGACCCGACGACAAGGGUCUACCGAAGACUCGAUCCUUCGAGAAGAGGAAGAAGAAGGGCAGGGAAAGGGAACCAAAGGAGAAGGGAAGGGAAAAGGAGGGUCAGUUCAUGAAGACAUCCAAGAGCGACAACGUCUUGUACAGGCCCCAAGACACCGAGGAGGAAGAGAGGCGAAACAGAUUCUUCCGACAUUCCUUUGGUGAUAUCUCCGAAGACGACGUCUUCCUCAAUGAAGACUUGCUCGUGCAAGCCGAUUCUCAACAAAGUCACUCUCUUCUCCCUUCGUCCUCCCAUGCCCAGAGCAACGACGAAUACAGCUUACUACUCCCCCCUCCCGAAAAGGGGACUGGGAAUUAGCUCAGAGCUUUCUUCUUUCCUCGUUAUUUAUGGCUAAUGGUAACUGGCAUCGAAUUUAUUUAUUCCGCGACGAUGAUGCUCGUGUUGUGAGAAUAUUUAUUCCAAAACUGAACUGCCAGAUAUGUGAUAAUUCUGAUACGAAUCUGUGUGCAUUUCAUGGAGAGCAUUUUGUUUUUCUGUUUUUUUUUAUGAAUAAGAUGGAACAUUCUCGUGAGUCA